CGACGUCCGGUUGCAGCAGUGUGGCGUAAUAACCGUCGCAACAUACGUCGUGCUCAGUAUGCGGAGGUGCAAGCUCGUCGUCUUGCAAAGAAUUUUAAGGCAGGGGCUCAGUGUGUGCUUUCUGGAGACUGGCACAAUGUACCCUGUCCUGAACCGCCUCUGCCAGAAGGGACACUUGAGUUUUGGAAGGCCCUGAGUGAACGCCCGAGUGACCCAGAUGAAAGACCGGUUCAGACUCCAAAUACUGUGGCUUGGGAGAUUAUGGAUCCGAUUAGCCCAGAAGAGGUUACUCGUAACCUACGCCUGAUGCAGGAUUCUGCAGCGGGCAUUGACGGGCUGUCGGCAAAAGAUCUGCUGCGAUGGCCUGCGUCUGCAAUUGCUGGGUAUUUGUGUGUGAUUAUGGCGACCUGUCAUAUGCCAGCUCAGCAUUGUAGGUGUAGGACGACGUUGGUUCCGAAAACUCAGAGCCCGAAGUCGCCGUCAGAGUAUCGUCCCAUUGCGGUCUCUAACGUGCUCCCUCGGUUGCUAACCCGAAUACUCGCUCAAAGGUGGUCACGUCUCUGUCCUACCUCUCGUUUCCAGUUUGGGUUUCAGGAACGGGAUGGGACGGCGGAGGCGACGGCUCUGCUUCAUGGCCUGCUGCGGCAUGCGGUCACGACUCCGAGAUCCAUUGCUGUGGCGGUGCUGGAUGUCGCAAAAGCCUUUGAUUCUGUGAACCAUGGCACGCUCCUUAGAGCGGCUGAGGCUCAUGGAGCUCCACCUCCCUUCGUAAACUUUCUAGCCUCCUCUUAUUCGCGUACUACAACGCAUAUCCUCGGCAGUGAAGUAAAGUGUUUGCGAGGUGUGCGUCAAGGGGAUCCGUUGUCUCCUCUAUUAUUUACCUGUGCUCUAAGUGAAGCGUUGUCGUACUCUGAUCGGCAGCUUGGCUUUGACAUGGAUGGGGUCACAGUUGAUUGUAUUGCGUAUGCUGAUGAUCUCGUCCUGUUUGCUGAGUCGCCACAGAGGUUACAGCAACGGCUGGAUGGAUUGGUAAAUGGCCUCUCGCAAGCGGGAAUGGUCCUUAAUCCGACCAAGUGCGUGGCGUUUUAUGUCGAAGCGCUUGGAAAGGAGAAGACCUCGUGCCUCCGCCAGUGUGAUGUGACGAUUGAGGGGAGUGCAUUGCGGUCUUUGGGACCAACGGACACCUUCAGGUAUCUGGGGGUGCCCUUCUCUUACCGUGGCAAGUUGGUUGUGCGCCACCAUUCAGUGCUUCACGAUAUGUUGACAGAAAUUACGAAGGCUCCCCUGAAGCCACAGCAGCGGAUGACUCUCUUGAAGCGGCAUUGUGUCCCAAAGUUGUUGCAUGAGUUGGUACUUGGGGCUGUGCACCGAGCUACGCUCAAGAGGCUAGAUGUCCAGCUGCGGCAAGCAGUUAGACGUUGGCUAAAACUGCCUACCGAUACACCUGUCUCGUUCCUUCACGCGGCGGUUCGAAAUGGGGGUCUCGGGGUGCCUUGCCUGUCGGUUUUAAUGCCGUUUGCCAAGCGCCAUCGUUUGGACUCCGUGCUCUCUUCCAGGGAGCCCGUAGUACGGGCGGCCGCCAUUGUGCAUUCGGCUUUGCCAGGUCUACGGAUGGCUGCUCAACCAGUACGUAUGGGGCAAACGAUACUGACUAGUAAGGCAGAGGUGCGGAACUAUUGGAGGAAGUGCCUCUAUGAUUCUGUUGAUGGCAAACCCCUGGCACAGUUUUCUGACUCAUUUUGUGCUAAUCAUUGGGUUUCUGCCCCUGAUCGAGUCUUUCCUUGGUUGUAUCUGAGAGGCAUCCAGUUGCGUGCGGGUGUCCUUUCAACGAAGGCUCGCAGGACAGGGCCAGAAAAUGUUAUGUGUAGGGGGCUAUGCGGUCGACGGGAAACUCUGUUCCAUAUCCUCCAGUGUUGCCAAAUUACUCAUGAAGCACGGGUUUGGCGGCAUAAUUUGGCAAUGAAACUUCUGGCUAGACGCCUCUUGAGAGACGCACGGGAAGUUCUUCUGGAACCUCAUAUUCCAGAGCGACAAAGUUUUUGCAAGCCUGACAUCGUUAUUGGCUCUGAGACUGGGAUUACAGUGAUUGAUGUUGCUGUCGCUGGAGAAGCGCUUAUGCGAGAUGUGUACGAGCAAAAGAUUCGU